AUGUCUCUCGUCACGCCCCGCAUCCUACCUGAAUAUCUUCAACAAUUUUAUUCCUCAGGGCCAACAAGUGGUCGAAUGCCGAGUGCGGUCCGGAUUCUUGGAAGAGUAUCUUCGCUACGUGGAGAGUACGCGACUAUUACUUGCGGUGAUCAUGGAGAUAUCACACUGCUGUUGAACAGAGAUUCACACUUACAGAUGGAUAGAAUGGUGGACGUGGUUGGAAAGGUUGUGGAAGUCGAAGGGAAUCUCGGGAUCAGAGUGUUUGGAGCCACUGAUUGUGGCAGCCCGCAUGAAGUUGGAAGCAAUGCUGAUAAAGAAUUUCAAUACGAUAGACUACAAAAUUUAUGA